GGCACUUCCGCUGCUGGCUGGAGUCUUAGCGCCUCCAGUCGUUCUUUGUGCCUGGCUAUAGGCGCGGCGGAUUAAAGGGCUAACAGCGCGUGAACGUGCGUACAUUUUAUUGAGGCAAUUCGCAAAAAUAGCGCCAUGAAACGUCCAAAAUUGACCGAACAGGAGCCGGAUGAGCAAAAAGAACCCGCCGUAAAGCGCUUUAAAGUUCCUCCAGAGCUGCAGCAGAAAGCGAAUGAUUUUCUCAAUGCGAAAAAACUCAAUGUUAAGGUGUUAAAUGAAUUGGUGGAGCUGCUCGAAAAGGAGGAGGGCGAUGCAUCCGGAGUAAUGCAUGUGCUUGAGGUUGUGUUUAAGAAUCUCUUCAAGCGCAAUUGCAUGCAGCCUGAGCUCGAGGAAAACGGCAGCUCUCCAAAGGCAGCAACAGUUGCGAAAUUUGAAGAACUCUAUGAGAAAACAUGGGUGCGAUUGCUGCAAUGCUUGAACAGUGGCUCUAAAGAACAGUCUGGCGCUGCGCUUAGAGUGUGUAUGGAGUUGAUUGCCAUCGAGGCGAGGCAUACCAAGCCGCCACUUAAGAGCUGGCCCACGCGACGUCUGGAAAGCAUACUGCGUACAAUGAUCGAAUCGGACGUGACGCCGCCUGUGGCAUUGCAACAUUUUCAACAAUAUGCCCGUUGUUUCGAUGUUAUCGAGGAGUCCUACAAAUUGUUGCUCACAUUGACGCCCAAAAAGUUCAAAGAUACACCCAAUGCCGCCCUCAACUAUCUGGCUAUCAUCAAUCUGCUUGAUCUGGGCAAGAAUAUGAUCAAAACCAGUCAACGGCAUGUUGAGGAUGCUCAGGAAUUCGAUUAUAUGAGCACGCGAAAAGUUGUAAACAAAGUGUGGAAACGGGUUAUGAAGGCCAUCAGCGGCAUUGACGAGAAAGUUCAUCGACAGGUUCUGAUCGUGCUGCUGGAACGCAUAAUGUCUCAUCUAAAUGAUCCCAUAAUGCUGACAGACUUUCUGAUGGACUCGCUGCAACAAUUUGAUGGCCCGAUUGCGUUGCUUGCACUUCAGGGCAUCUUCACGCUCAUGCAACAGCAGAACAUCACCUAUCCGGAUGUAUAUGAGAAGCUCUACAGUAUGUUCUACCCGCGCAUGUUCUUCAACAAGUACAAGGCGCGUCUCUUUUACCUGGCCGACAUCUUUUUGACGUCCACGCAUUUGCCAGAGAAUUUGGUGGCCGCUUUUGUCAAACGUCUGGCGCGCCUCGCCCUCCAAUCUCCCACAAAAGAUGCCCUCAUCAUGAUCCAUUUCAUCUGCAACCUGCUGUUGCGGCACACUGGUCUACAGCGUCUCAUACGUGCUACACCAGCGGCCAGUGCUGUCGAAAUAACCGAUCCCUAUGACGCCACCGAAACGGAUCCGGUCAAAUCAAAAGCAAUCAACAGUUCAUUAUGGGAAAUAAUGUUGCUGCAAAAGCAUGCCAUCCCCGAAAUCGCCAAUGCGGCGCGCUUCAUUAACAGCUCGCUGCCCACGCAGGAGGUCGAACUGGGACCACUGCUCGAUAUGAAGGAAUGUGAUAUAUUCGAUGCGGAAGUGAAGAAGCAAGUGAAGCAGUUCGCACUGGCCUAUGAACGGCCCAAUAGUUUGGCGCUGCCCCAAAACGAUAUGGUCACCAAAUACUGGAGUAUAUGUUGAGUUAAGGAACGCUUUGAAACUGUAGAUAAAGGUACUAAAGUAAAUUAAACGUGAA